ACAUCCGCAGAAGUUCAUCUGUUCACAUUUUGAUAAACACAAAAAUGAAAUCGUUCGUAGUAUUCUCCGCCCUUCUAGCGGUUGCACUUGCUGCCCCACAAUAUCAGCCUCAACAGUAUUCACAGAAUCAACAGGUCCCAAUUAUUAAUCAAAAGACUGAUGUUGGUAUUAACGGAAAUUACGAAUACAGUUACGAGACUGGUAACGGCAUUUACGCUCAAGAACGGGGUUACUUGAAGAAUGCUGGUGUGAAAGACGCCGAAGCCCAAGUUGCAGAGGGUUCAUUCAGCUACACAUCUCCCGAGGGUGUACCAAUUCAGCUCACCUACGUCGCUGACGAAAAUGGUUUCCGUCCUGAGGGCGCUCAUCUGCCUACACCCCCACCAAUCCCAGAAGCUAUCGCCCGCGCUCUUCAGUACAUCCAGUCACAGCCUCAACAACAAUACCAACAACAGCAACAGUACCAACCCCAACAACAACAAUACUUUGGUGCUGGUGUCAGACCCAAUCAGUUUGGUUAAACCCAAUGGAUGUUAACGUAUUUCGUAUAUUUGUAUCAAAUGCAUUCUCAAUAUUGAAAAUGUAUGUAAAUACAACUUAAUACUGAGAUAAUGUAUCUAGUAUAAGUAUAAAUAUCGAGUUAAAACUGUGAUUUAUAUUAUAAUAAUGAUAA